UUUGCAAACUGUUCUGAUUUUUAUAUAUUCUUUAUAUUUUGUAGGCACAUAGAUGAGUACAGCCAAGGCAGUGCUCCUCCUUUCACUGAAGAGGAUUCCUAUGAGCAGGAAUUGAGAGAAUAUGGUUAUAGUCAAAGGGAAAGACGAGAACGGGGCAAUGUUACUCCACCGCGUCGUUACCAUAGUCCUUAUCGGGAAGACCGACAUUCGAAUUUAGACAAGGAGUCAAGUCGAGGCAGUCGUUAUGACGAAAGUUUCAGUAAAGACCGGUAUGAAUAUUAUAGCAGUGAUAGUGCAGUGAGUGAUACUGGGGGGCGUGAUGACUCCUGGCUUGACCACCACUCUUUAGAAAUCUCAGACAGACACUCAACGUCAUCAAAAAUAAAGUAUUCUUCACGAACAGAAAAUCGGUUGAAGCAGUCAUCUCGGGACCACAGCCCGACUACUUUAGACUUUCCUUACAGACAUUCUCCGGUGAGGCGAAGAAGUAAAAGCCGUAGUCGGAGUAAAAGUGGGAGUCGGACAGAAAGUCGGAGUCGAAGCCGGACGCCCCUCAGAGAGAGGAGAAAAGAUUCGGUUUUCCGACCCAAAUCUCCCCAGACACCGCAGACCCCACCAACACCCACAGAGGAGGAACCACCCAUUUAUUCAAAAAUUCGACCAAUUAGUCCGUUCGACGAGUUUGAACGGACAGGAGAUAUUAAAAAAAUGUGCAGAACAGACGAUAAGAUUGAAUCUCUUCGAGCCGUAGAGCACGAGAAAGUUUACAGUGUGAAGUGUCUUGGGAACCCUGCAAUAUCUUAUGUAAAAGGGGAAAGCGAGCGAUUGCGGUCCGAGUUGACAUCAGCACGUAAGAAGAGUCGAGAAUUUGAUGAUAGCAAGCAUGAUAUACUGUCGUCGCGACUCCACAAAUCUCAACAACCAUCUUCAAGUCGGUUGGUUGAAUCACUAAUCCAGGACAGACACCAGGUGCUACUAAAAAAGGUGGAAGAACUACAUCACGAAAAGCGUCGAAUGAGCCGACACAAGUUGUUAGAUCCGAGUCACACUGGCUCUAGUCAUUCUAGUGCCCAUGAUGACUCUGAUCAUGGCUCGUUCACAGAAACUGAUCUUGGCCAUCUUCAUCGAGAGAAACGAUUGCUGCUUGAGAAGCUGAAGCAACUUGAGGAUGCUGGCAGCACGAGUGACAAUGAAUCCUCAACGCAUGACGAACUGCGUGAUGACGGCCGUGGCCGUAUUGUGCCGCGAAAGAUUCGACCAGACGAGUCUCUUCUCGGCAGUUUACGGCAUGGGUUAGCGGCAGAGUUACACAGCAAAGAGAAACGUAAACUAGAACCGUCACAGAGUUUUCGCAAACAAAUGGAAGCUCGGCGACUACUGGAACAAACCCAAGGAGAAUCGAUUUCAAAACCGAAAAAGGUUGCUGAGAAAGUUGUGAUGCUUGAUGGAAUGGAUAGCGAGGGAGAGGAGGAAUUGACUAUUACGUCGCCGACCGUCAUUUUGACGUCAUUUAAGCCUAAACGUAAAAAGAAAUUGGAAGGGGACGAAGUGGUAUCUGGUGUCCGCAGCGGCAGAUUCUAUCGAAUGAAAAGAAGUGGUGCAGUCAGCAGUGAUGAUGAGAAAGACCAUAAGUCAAUGGAAGUUGAUGAAAGUACAGUACGGCGGUCAAGUCGAGAAGCGGGCAAAGAUGAACUUUCCACUGUAAUUGGUCGGUUUAAAGAACAAUCCAGGCAUUCAGAACACAAUCGAGAUUCUACGGAAUCCAGUCACAAAGAAUCCAGAGAAUAUAAAAUGGUCCACAUGAUAACGUCGAAAGACAAUUCUGAGUCUGGCACUAAAAUCAUCAAGAAGGAGAUGUCAGUUGAUGAGAUUAUUCAAGACCCUCGGCAUGAAAUAAAGAAAGAGGAACCUCUUUCUUUACCAUUGCCUCGGUUUGCAUUGAAGCAUAAUGCUUCUCCUAUGGAGUCUCCACAGCUAUGUCCUUCACCACCACCGAUGCCUGCGGGACCUAAAGUUCGUUCACCUUGUUUCUCGCCACAGAGCAGUAGCAAAUCGCAGUCCCCGGUCAUGUCUCCUGCCGGUUCACUGUCUGAUAUUUCUCAUGAUACGGCUAAUUCAAAUUUACCCGAGUCAGGUUUAGCAUUGCAGGACCAAAAGGAAGAGGACCAGCUGAGCAAGGACCUAGCUGCCAGUUCCAGUGGCUCUAAGUCCAUGAUCCCCAAUCCAGAUGCUGAAGAUAAUUUAUCUGACAGCUUGAGUGAACUUAGCUGUUCUUCUUUGGAUGAAAAAAUCCGUCAGUUAGACAAAAAACUAAAUAUGGCACCAGUUCCUCGGCCAGUUGACACCUCAACACCUGGAUUAUACGGCAAAUAUAAGAUUAAAAAAAAGGAAUCUUCUUUAAGUGGAUCUGGUGUUUUAUCUUCUAAUUUACGCAGUGAACCAUCUGAUAUUGUGAAAUCUCUACUGUCACGGUCCAGUAUAUUUGACCAAGACUCUAAACGCUUGGAGCAGAUAAAUGAGAAAUAUGAACCGAAGGAGAUCACCAUCAACAUGGAGGACUCUCCCCCCAAGAUGAACAUCCGUACAAAAGCAGCUGCCAAAGAAAUGCCCCCAACAAUGCCCCAGAACUUCAGCCCUCUUUAUAAUCCAUUUGUAUCAACGUUGAACGUCUCUUCCCCCUACCCACACUUCAUUCCUGGUGUUUAUCCCCAGCAUCCUGUGAUAGGUGUCACCGCCACUACUACCACCACCACCACUACCACCAUAACUACCACAACCACCAACACCACCUCCUCUUCCACCUCCACCACCACCACCACCAGUACCCCACAAUUCUGGUCAAAUUCUGCAGUUGCUAACAGCUCCCCUACCAAAUCACCAGCUGAUACAUUUCCUUCAAUGAAAAAACACUUGGUUACCUCCAGCACAACUGAUUUGUCUGUCAAAAAUGAGGAUCCUUCUCAAGUGUUACCUUCAACAUCCACCUCAUCACCAGUUGAAUUUAGUUCACUUUCUGUAAAAUCCACUGCAGAAAGCUCUCUGGUUGGCUCUACUAGUCCUGUGGUCAGUCCAUCUUACCAUACCCCUGAUAUUGUGGUCAAGAAGGAGGCAACAGGCCCUUUAGGUAUUGAAGUCAAGAAGGAGGGUGCUGACUGGAUACCACCAAAGAAAGAUCUCAAGCUGGAAGAAACCAGUGAAUUUGAUGCAAAAGAGAAAAGGGAUGUUGUCCCUAGUCCUGUUUCUAUACCGUCCACGUCCUCUGUUUCCUGUUUAGGUAAAAGGAAAUCUUGUGAGGAAUUUGAUGCUGUCAGGAAUAAGAUGAUGAAAAUCGAACCAAAAAACUGUCCUUCCUCAAAACUAACCGAAGUUGUGAGAAGUGAAACUGUUGAGAAACAACUCAUCAAAGAGGAAAGUCAAACUCCCACUCAACCUCAACCACUGAUGGCUCAAGGACAGCCAGUGACCACUCCCGUGCAGCAGCACAGAAAGAAAGCAAAACACAGUGAUUCUAGCAAAGUUAAAGAUGACGGCGACAAGAAGGUGUCAUCAAGCUCUCUAAAUAAACCGAGCAAGUCACCAGAAAAGAAAUUGGUUAAGUUACCAAGUCGGGAAAAGACGGAGAAGAAAGAAACAAAUGAAGUUGACAGGAAAGAGGAGAAAAAAUCAGCCGAGUCCACUUCUCAGAAAAAGGAGUCGAAAAGCAGUGUGAAAACUGAGAAGGAGUGCGAGCGCUCUUCUGAUAAGUGUAAAUCCAAUAACAAAGAUUGCGGGGGAAAUGAAGUUGAGGAAAAGAGCAAAGCAAAGGCGACACACUCUGAAAAGAAACACGAGAAGUCAGAAAAAAGAGACAAAAACCGUUCAAAGAGCAUUGAGGGUAAAGUCGAGAAAGAACGUAAAGAGAGCAGCAAAAGUGAGUCGGAGGUGAAAGAGUGUCACAAGAGAGAGAAAUCCUCCAAGUCGAAAACUGAAAGUCGAUCGAAAAGCAAAAGCGAGGACAAAAGCGGUGAAGGUGACGCUUCAAAAAAUGGACGAACGAGUCACAAAACAGAAAACGACAAAGCAGAAAGUGACACUCCAUUAAAAUCUGUAAAGUCCCACAGGAAAUCUGAAGAGGAUAAAGAAGAGAAAGAGAGAGGUGAUGGUGUCAAAAGUGAUGCUGCAAAAUCUAGCAAGAGCCAACAGCGUAGUGAGCCAGACAAUGAGAAUCAGUCAAAAGCCACUAAAUAUCAUCACAAGGCAGAGUCUGAUAAAACUGAACCUGAGCUUUCUAAGACGACAAAAUCACAUCACAAGUCUGAUGGCAGUGACAAGUCGGAGAACGAAGCAGGUAAGCCGUUAGCAAAAUCUCAUCAUAAAUCUGUCGACAGUCAGGAGAAACAAGAGGUAGACUCUAGCAAAUCUAAGUCUAGUAAAAGUGAACACGAUAAAAGUGAAGCUGACAACUUGAAACCAAGUAAAUCUCACCAUAAACACGAGAGUGAGAAAGUUGAGAGUGAAUCCACUCCAAAGUCAAGUAGCAAGUCUCACCAUAAACAUGACCAAACGAAAUCUGAAGCAGAUUCAACAAAAUCUUGCAAGACUCAUCACAAAUCGGAGAAAAGCAAUCGAAGUGCAUCGGAACGCAGUCGGAAAGACAGCACUCGUUUGAGCUCCGAUAGGAAAAAGAGUGAAAAGGAAAAAUGUGAAAAAUCCGAGAAACAGGAAAAGGACAAAACCGAACGCUUUGAGAAGUCGGAGAAAGACUCGAAAAGUGAAAAGUCUGACAAGUGUGAGAAAGGAGAGAAGGAGAAAGUUGAACGAGAGAAAAGUGAUAAAGAGAAGUCGGAGAAGGAAAAAUCCGAGAAAGUUGAAAAAUCCGAAAAGGAAAAGUCUGAAAAAGAAAAAGAGAAAUCAGAUAAAGAUAAAACUGAUAAAGACAAACCAGAGAAGGAAAAACCAGAUAAAGGAAAGCCUGAUAAAGAUAAACAGGAGAAACCUGACAAAGACAAGCCAGAUAAACCUGAUAAAUCUGAUAAAGAGAAACCAGAAAGGUCUGAGAAGGACAGAUCGGAUAAAUCUGAUCGAUCGGAAAAGACUGAGAAAUCCGACAAAUCUGAAAGUAUGGAGAAAACGGAAAAGUCAGACAAGGAAAAAUCUGAAAAAGAAAAAUCUGGGGACGAAAAGAAAAGCGAGUUCUACCUCGAUGCCUAUGGCCCGUACGUGUCUAUGUACGACAAGGUGAAGCGGAGAUCCUGCAACAACAAGGACAAAGAAAUGGAAGACAUGAGGAAGAAAUUGAAUCAACUGAAGAAUACACGCAAAAAGAGGGGCAGUAAGCCAAGCCGCAGUGACGAGACAGAAAGUAGUGUACAAAACACUGACGACGAAAGCAGUACAAGUACGUCUUUUGUGGCUUCUAAAAAGGAAACAUUAAUCGAAGAGAAAGAUGAGACUUCAAGUAAGAAGAAGAAACGCAACGUGAUUGAAAGUUCUUCGUCUGAAGAAGAACCCCCUACAUUUGUGCCUAUGCCGAGUAAACGGGAAUCAAAGAAACCCUCUCCUAAAACUCGACCUCUGCACAAAAAGCCUAAAACUGUCCUUGAUGUGUCGUCCGAUAGCGAUCCAGAUGAGAAAGACUACAAAGAACUUCCAUCAAAAUUACCGAAAGAGAGAAUAAGCAGUUCAUUGUUGAUUUUACAAGAACAGAGAAGUAGUUCUGGCGAUGCUAGAAAAGACAGCCAAGAUGAAGCUACAAUUGAGAAAAGUGAGAAGACCAACCGCAAGAAGUCUUCUGGUAAGGAAAAGAAGAAAAAAUCUGAGAAGAAGAAGAAGAAAUCAAAAAGAUCCACCGACAAUAAAGUGAGCAAAGAAGAAAAAGGUGUGUUAAAGUCUUUAGCAACAUUCGAUAGCAGCCUUCCUGAAAGCUCUGAUAUAAACCCAUUGACAGCUGAAGGAACGGAUAUGGAAUACAUGGACAUGCCUUGUGAAGAUUAUUUCCCUGUAAAGUCUGAAGAAAACUACCCCAGCGGAGGCGAAAGUGUUAAAACUGAGGUAGAACAACUCACUUUUACUACAACAAUGACCACAAACACCAUUACAACAACUAUCACUACUGAAAGUCCUUCUGGCGAGGUCACAACUUUGACAACAUCCACUUUACCUUCUGCCACUUGUGCAGUGUCCGACAAUGACGCCGAUGACACAGUGGCAGCUGACUUAGAAGAUGUGAAACCAUUUGCAAAACGGAAAUCCAACAAAGAAGUUUUCUCUCAUAAGACUGAAGACUGUCUGUUUUUGGAUGUUAAUCAAGGCGAAGCGGUCACAAAAGAUCCUGAAGAGAGCCACCAUGCUGAUACGGAAGAGGAACCACCAGAUGUGUUGAGCAAACCAAACAAAAGCAAGAAGAAAAAGAAGAAAGAAAAGAAAAAGCAUGAAACCAAGUCAAAGAAAAGUUCUAAAAAGAAUGUAUUGAAAAUGCCACUGGUGGAAGAAGACGAGGAUGAGAUUUUUGCCAAUGAGCAGGAACCGAAAGAGGAACAGACUGACGUGAAGUCUCUAACAGUGAAAGACUUUGGUGGUUUAGUCAGCCCGAAGGCAGAAGAAGAUUCAGUAAAGGUGGAAUCUUUGCCAGUCAAAGAUCAGGUGACCAUUGAUGUGGAUCCCGAGAUAAAACAGAAGAUUAAGAGAACGUCUUCAUGUGAAGAUCUGAAAGAAAGCGCAACUGACUUUGUCGAUGACAGCGAGAAAGAAGCGAAGCAAAGUGGUUUCGAAAGUGGAGAGAGCGAAACUGUGAAGAGUGAAAUGGAAGACACAAAGGAAGAAUGUGUGAAACUGGAGAAGACCGAAGCUGAAGAGGAGGAGGAGGAGGAGGAAAGAGGAGAUGGGGAUAAAGUAGAACAUGGGGUGGAAGAUGUUUAUGAUUUUGAGAAAUCAGAAAACAUCACAGAGAAAAUUCAAGAUUCUGAACAAAUAAAGAAAUUUGAGAAAAUUCAUGAGACAGAGAAAGUUAAGAAAACCGUUUCUGAUUUUCUUUCCAAGAACGUUUGUGAAAAGGCACCGGAAUUUCUUUUGUUCCCAAUUGGUUUCAAUGAAAAAGUAGAACAGCCCAAUGGUGAGCAAGGCGAACCAACUGAUUUAGAUGGCAUCAAAGAAAAGUCUGUCCAAAUUGAAAGCCAUGUACCGUUGGGCAUCAAAGACAUCGAUAAUCCUUACAUUGUUAAAGAAUUGGGGGAGAAUGUAUCUGAGGUGUUUAUUGAUGCCAAAAGACCAAAUACUGACUGUAAUUCUGAUAAGAUAAAACCUGACUGGCUGGAAAUUAAAGUUAGAAAACAGUUGAUGAAAAACUUCAAACUCGAUACUCCGUAUUUGUUGCUGAAGGAGAGCUGUGAUUCAGUCCUGUCACUCGACACUCCUGAUGCUGUCCAAGAAUUGGACAAGAGCAAAAUUCUAGAAGUGACCAGCGAAAAUAAAGAAGAAAUCUCAGAAGAGAAAUCUGUUUCCGAUAAAGAGAACAAUGCGUCUUCAGUUGAUAAACUGUCAGCACCAUCCGACAACAUGAAGAAAGGAAAUGCAAUGAUCUAUAAUUUUGACUUGAGUGAAUAUGGUGGUGAAGGUGAUGGCAAUAAACUUAUUGUGUGUGAAAGCGAGGAGAACAAGCUUACCGACAAUGAGCCCUGCAAUAAAAUCUCUACCAGUAACCCUAGCCCCAUAGACAAAACACAGGGUAGCCACACAGACACGAAUCGCAACAUUGGUCAUCACAUUUAUGACUUUGAUGAUGCAUCUGACGAUGUCUACAACAUAAUCUGCCCUGAGAAAUCCUCGAAACUGUUCAGUGAGAAAGAAUGUAAGAUGAAAACCAAGUUCAACUUCAUCGAACGAUCCAAGAAGGUUUACAGCUUGCAUUCUCCGCAUAAAAGUGAAAAACUGUUGAAUAACUCUGACAUGAAUAAGAAGAUCUGUGAAAAGAUUGAGCAGAGGUUUUAUGGACUGGAUGCCAUGCUGCUGAAGAAGAUUGGCAAAAAGAUGCCCGGCUUUGAUAUGAGCCUCUCGGAGGAGAAGAUUUAUGACGACGACGUUUCAAAGUCCCAUUCUAUAGAGCAACAAGAACAACAUCAACAGCAGCAGCAGCAGCAGCAGCAAGAGAAACGGCAACCAGAACAAGAACAAGAUGAUGAUAAUGACGAGAGACAACAGAAACAAGAAGACAAGCAAAACCAAGAGAUGCAACAAGAACGAGAAGAGCUGCAGCAGCAAGACGACGAAGAAGAAGAGGAGGAGGAGGAGGAAGAAGAUGACGAUGAUGAUGAUGAUGAGCAACAGCAGCAUCAAUAUCAGCAGCAACAACAUCACAAGCAACCUCGGCAUUUUCAACAGAACCAACAACAGCAGCAGCAGCAACAGCAGCAUAAUCACUAUCACCAAGAGCAACAGCACUUCCCUCAACAACAACAGCAACAACAACCACCACUGUCACGUCGGCAGCAACAGCAGCAACAAGCUGUUGAGAAGACUGAUGGUGAUGUAUAUGAUUUUGAUGAACAAGAUAAACUGAAUUUUGAAGAAUUUUAUGAUUCCAAAAAAUCUGAUCACCAAAAGAUUCAUUCUGAUCACCAAAAAGUUCCUUGUGAUCACCAAAAAGUUAAUGAAUGCAACGAAGAUCAAAAACAUGACGAAGUUGUGUCCAACUUUGAUGGAACACGGAAAGCUACUGAAAAAAUUUCUCGGCUCCAAGAUUGGAUUGUUUGUGAGAAAAAGAAGACUUAUUUUGAUAUCGAAACUAUUUGUAGAAAACCUUCCAAAUGUUGCACCAUCUGCACGACUAUGAAGUCUAGUCUGGGCAAACGGCGGAACAAACACAAGAACGUAGCCUUUUCUUGGUCAGAAGAAGCUGAUGUGAACUCUGCUGCAAGUUCUUCUACAGAAACAGACAAUGCUGCAGGAGAUUUGAGUGAUGCAAAAGACGGUAGCUUUGGGGAUGUUGACGAACAGGAAGAUAAAUUAGUUAUUGAUACCAGUGAUAUCUGUGGGUAUGAUGAUAAUUCUGUUGAUAAAGAUGAUAAAGUAAUUGAUAAAACUGAGCUACCAGUUUCUUCUGUGUCGAGUAGUAAAUUAAAUAUCGACUCCAUUUCUGACAACGAGACCGUUGUAGACCUGAAUUCUCCAUUAACAGAGCCGAAGGAGAAAGACUUUGCAAAGACAGAAACCACUGAAGAAAUCAUUGCUCCUAAAGCCAGCCCAAAAUCUGAACCAUUAACUAACCAGCCAAAACUGGCCAGUCCAUUUAUAGAAAUGACUAAUCACCAUAGUUCUGUCUGCAAACAGAUGGAAUCUGUUCUUGGUUUUGGUAAACUGGACUCUAGUAAAGAUAUAUUAUCUAGCAAGUUAUCUGAUGACUGUGAUAGCAGCGAUGAGGGCGCACUGAGGAUUGAUGAAGAUGAAGUGGAAGAUGAAAAUGAUGCAGAAGAAGUGACGACAGAGAAAAUGUCUCUGAAUGUUGAAUUAGAAGAUGUAUGCUUGAAACCGGAUGAUGAAGAAACGAAAACUGGUUUUGAUCUGAAAGACGAUAACCAAGAAAUUGGCAUUGCUACUACAGCCACUCCAUUGACCAGCUGCGAGAUUGAAGCCAAGGACGAGGACAGUCAGGAAACAAUUCUUGACCCUCAAAUCAAUUACCAAGUUUUGGAGGACUUUGAUUCUCCUCUUUCUAAUAAAAUUAGUCCAGUUAAUGAGAUUCCAAACAAUGUAACAGAAGAGAAACAAUUUGAAUGUUUGCCUGAGAAGCAAUCAGAGGAAAGUGUUAGUGACCAGGACCCUGAUCUCCCUUCAUAUUUACAUAUUGAUGUGAAGGCCUUGAAAACCAAAGAGGUUUCAGAAGACAGCCUUGCUAAAACCAACACUGCAAUUGAAUCAAAAAGUGAGAAAGAAACUUGUGAAAAAUCCAAGGAAAACAUUGAAACUAAACUCGAAGGGAGUCCUAUUAACGACAGUGAGUUUGUCGAGUCAAGAACUACAAUGGUUAUUGGCGAUCAGGAGAACUUGGAUUCUAUUCAUGUGUGGAAAGAAAUUGAUAUGACCAGCAUUCCUGCUGACAUAGGCCUCGACUAUGAAGAACCCAUCUCUCAGCGAAGAUCAGGGCGGAAAGGUCGACACAGAGAGAAAAAAGAGAGGAAAUGUCGUGUGUCGCGUCGGGAUCCUGACAAGAAAAAAGAUGGCAUCUUUUCUCGGUCUUUAAUCAGAGAUACAAGUUCACGUUCACCAGAAGUACUUGGGUCCUUGCAAUAUUUCGAUAUCAAAAACCAAUCUCUUAAAAGCAGUCUGUUUGACUGUUACCAGUUUGAAGAUGAACUGGAAGAUGUAAAACCCAAACUGUACCCACGCUCGACUGAACUGAAACUUAUGAAUCAGCAUUUGGUUGAGAGCAAUAUCAAAAAUGAACAGGAACCAGUUAUGAAAGAUAAAACUUUUCUGGACAGCUCAAAACUAGAAUGUUCUACCUCACCUCUGGACUCCAAAAAUGCAAUUGCCAAAUAUCCACUGAAAUUGAAAGAAGAAAUUGAUGAAGAUGCCACAAUAGAAGGAAUCUUACGAGAGAAGGAGAUUCGUGUUGAAUCUGAACUGUCAUCACAAGAGAAAGAUGAGGAAGAAGCUGAAGAGCUUGUUGAAGCUAUUAAAGACGAGCUGACUUCUUUGUCAAUUGUUUUAAAGAAGGAGAAGAUUGACGGUGACCAGGAUCGGGAGGAGCAGUACAAAGUGGAAACCAUCGAGAAACCGUUAAAGUUAGAAGAAGAGAAACCGAAAGGUCGUAAACGUCGGCAACGAAGGAACAGCAGGAAGCAAGCAGCAGCAGCAACUGCUGCUGUCGCUGCCAUUGUUCCUGUAGUUGAGAAAGUAAGUGAGGAGUUGAAGACUAUUUGGACUGCUACUUCUGCAAUACCUGCCCAACCUAGCUCAGAUCAGACAUCUGUUAAAUGUGAGAUCAGUGAAGACAUUUCCACAGAUAUAACAGCACUCGCUGUUGCUAAUCUGAUAAAGGCAGAGUUUCCAGACGACAUUGGCCACGUGCCAGAGCCCGUCAGUAGCAACGUCCCAUUAAAGGAAGUGUCUCCACAGAAGGAGGAACCAGAUAUGAAGCCUUCAGUAUCAGAGCUGGAGACAAAGAAGUCUAUAACACUGACUCCAGUACGUGAGUACCCUAAACGUAACCGUGGUAAGACCAGUAUUUCAGCUGGGACUGUUACAGCUAAUGUCAACAUCACUUCUACUCCGGCAAGUAGUCGACGCACUCGUGCGUCCAAAUUCGAAGAAGAGAAACAAAUCUCAGUAGCUCCUGUUGAGGAAGAUCAGCUUUUAGACAAUCUAAGUAUUGAACCCGUUGCAGCCCCGCUGCAGCCUCCUUUGAAGUUGCCUUUAGUCGAAGAAAAAGUUAAAGAGAAGAAAGUUGAAAUACCACCAAUCCGUUUUCAGAAGGAGACAAACCGACGUAAUAGAACACGUGGAUUCACUCUUCGACGAGGCCCCCCUACAGAGGAGUCUACUGAUAAUGUUUCUGCUGUUGAAGACACAGCUGAAAAGGCAUAUCAGAAGGCCAAGGAUGUUUUUGACUUUGACGAAGAUGAUGAUGAAGAAAUUGAUACGCCCAAGCUGGAAACGGUACGUAGUGUUCCACGACCUGAACGCCAUGUUAAAGACGACCACCACUCAUUGAAAGUGGAAAAUACAGUGUCAGAGACGUGCGUCUCUACUCACCAGAAGUCUUCUGUUGUUGAUGCUCAGAAGAGCACUGUAAUUCCAUCUUUAGACAUUGAUGAAAGUAGUAAGCUAGAGAAUCAAGUGGAGUACCAACGUUCACGUAGAGGAAGGAAGCCUAACUAUAAAGCUAUGGAUUCUGGCAUGUUGCCAAGAACCACUUCCCCGCGUACCCGCAUAGCGUCCCCCAAGACGAGAUCUCCGAAAGCGACGCGACAACAAGCUCAGGCACAGGCUGCUGCAGUUGUAGCAUCAUCCUCUCCCAAGACAACAGAAGUAGGCUCACCUGUUGUGAAGCUGGAAAAACUGCCUCUGGUUACUCGGUCAGCAAAAAAGGAUGAAAUCAAGAGCCUGGAUACUGUGUCUAAGAGCACAAAAGAAGAAAAACCUUCACUGAAGGUAACUCUUAGAGCAGAUCCCAUAGAAAAUGAUGUCCUUGCACUGUCUGCUAAUCCGGAAGAAGAUUUAACAGAAAAUAAGAAAGCAAAUAGCUCACCAGGCUGUCCUCCACAAGCGGUUGUUGAGUCAAUCAUUGUUACACGGCGUGGUAAAGGCCGCAAGAAGAAGGUUUCAGCCAUCACUGUCGUUCCGGCUGUUUCUGCCACAACUCCAGUUCCAACAACAACGACGACAACAACAACAGCAAUGCAAGAAGAUGUUUGCUCCAAACCGGUGCCUCCCGAGUUGAACAUCACUUUUACUCCACCAACUGAGAGUCCCGAGUCGAAACUAGAAGUUAUAACUCCCAUUGUUAGUGAGGCAAGCGAAAGUUUGAGUGAGCAGCAACCCUCAGUGGAGCAGACGAUGACAACGACGAUGACGACAACUUGUCCUGCAGCUUCCACCUCAAGAGUGCAUCUCUCCGAUACCUCACCAAUGUCGACAGCUGCGAAACCUUUAUCAGUAACCAUUACUACAGCACCAGCCAUGACUUCUGCAGUAGGCAAAUGUUCCUUGCCGACAGCAGCAUCAGUAGCAGCAGUAGUGUUGAGUGAGGUUGCUGUGUCAAGUGAAGCACCACCAUGCAAGAGCAUUGAAAGUGUAAUUGACUCUACAAUGCCGAGAAAAUCACAGCAGCAUGACAGUGAGAACGAAGUGACAGCAAUCCCUACGACCAAUGUGAUCCAGUGCGUGGAGCAAGUGUCCGUAGGUUCUACUUUAGCCAACAAGCCUGUACUGAUUGAUGCCACUGCUAACCGCUCUCGUCAGUCUCGAAGUCGCAGCCGUAGCACCGAGUUAAUCCGAAGUGCGCUGUCUACUCCUCAGGGAGUCGUGCCACACAAUCGGAAUAUGACAGGGUCACUAGUGGCAGCUUUACAUGCUCCAACUCAAGCAGCAACCCAGUCUGAGUUAAUGCCGAUGUCAGCAGUGAUGUCUUCAAGUCCCGCCGUUAUCUCUUCAGUACCCGAUGCUUCUCCAAGACCAUCAGAAAUAAAUAAAGUCCAUUAUUCAUCAAUGCCAAUUAACAUUAGCAAGCUAACUGUACACGAAAGUAAACCACAUGCAGAACUCAACAAAAUAUCGAUUGAUUUGACCAAACGACCAGGAAGUGAAACCAUUGCACCGAAACAGUCUGUGAUGGAGGCCAUCCUGAAACAAGCCGAUGAGAAACCUUCCAAACACGCAAUGGAUAUGUCGGAGACUGUUCGUAUGAUUCUGGAGAAACAGGCUCCGAUGCCAGGGAAACCUUUAGUCCUUGAAGUACCCAAACAUACUCCUGACAUGUUGAAGAAUCAGCACGAUGCAAGUAAACAUCCCAAGGACAACCUGAAACAAAUGGAGUCGUUGAAACAUUCUACAGAACCUCUCAAACAGAAAGUCGAACCUUUGAAACCCCUUAAGGACAUGAACAAGCAGCAACAUACUGCUGUUAUUCAUCAGUUGACAACCGAUUCUAAAAAAUUCCCUCAUCAAUCUGACCCUGUUUCAAACAUCAGGACCGGACCAUCAGUCUCUUCAGAGAGCCUUGUCACAUCUCGAGCAGGUUCCCAAUCUGUUCAUGGUGGGGUGAUCCAUUUGACGCAACCAAUGUCACACCAGCCACAACAUUCAGAGCACCCGAUGCCGCAUAAAUCUAUGGUCAGCAACCUCAUACAGCGUACCCAUGGUUUCUAUGACCAGGUGUCGGAAAGAUCACGCUCGUCUUCCCCUCACGUCAGCACCCCGUCCACCGUGGCAGGCCCCACGUCACACAUCUAUUCAGGAGUUUCUCAUCAAGCAGUUCCGCCUUCCAUUAAUUUGAAAACCGAACUUGGCAGCCGAGACCUCUCUUCAUCUCCCAGUGGCUCAGGACCCUACAGUGUAGUAACGACGACAGCUGCUGCCGUUGCUGCUGCUGCUGCUGCUCACACUAUUGACAAGUCAAUAGUGAAUAGUCCGCGACCAAUGACGACGACAUCACCUUCUUUUAUCGGACAGGAUAUGUGCAAAAGAUCUCCCACGGUCUUGCAUGCACUGACCAACCCUGGUGUCCAGGUGGGUGUUGUCCAAAUACAACCACAACCUGUGUCUUCUAAGGAAACAAGUCCUAAAGGCCAGCCAAUUGAGAAGGUACCCAACCCUCUGAGAGCUUCACUGGAAUCUGCAACUACAAUAGGACCUGAUACUUCUGAGAGAUUGCGAAUGAAGGCUGAAUUCAGUCGCCAGCAAUCUUCUGUGUCUGAGCAGCAACAUAAAGUGCUGUCUGGUCACCAUAAUAAAUCUGCUUCCAUCAGUAUGUCACUCUCCCAGCCCACACCUUCAUCACGGACGUCUGAGAUGAUGAAGGGCUGGAGACAGUCAUCUCCUCCACAGCCGUUAAUCCGUAACCCCUUUGCUCCGAUUGCAAUAUCUCCGAGUCCAUCGCCGACGUUGCAUGCAACCAAUUUGUCGAUCAAUCACCAAUCUACGUCUCAGCAGCCGGCCCAGCAACAGCACUCGGCGCAGUCCCUUACUGCACACCAACUGUUGCCUGGCAACCCUGCCCAAGCUCAUACUCAACCGCCACCACAGCAACAACAACAACAACCAGCACCACCACAACAGCAGCAGCAGCAGCAACAACAGCAGCAUAUUGCUCGUUCCAGUCCAAACGUUCAUCCCUGCUCUGUUGGUCCAUCUUCAGUGUCGUCCUCUUCCACAUCCUCAUCAUCGCCAGCUACAUCAGUGUCUGUAACUGUUACCUCUGCUCAUCCUAUGACAGUAGCAUCGACUGCCCUCCAGAUACAGCAUCAACUGCAGGCUCAGCAAGCAGCUGCUGUAGCGCACCAGCGAGACCGCGAAAGGGAGCCAGCACCAAACCAAUCUCCUGCUCAUCAACCUUCUGGACACCAAUUGUCUUCGCAAGGAAAUCAUUCCCAGCACAACACUCCUGUUUCCGCUCAUCAGAGUCCAUCUGUAGAGAUGAGAGCAGUGAGCUCAAGUGGAGCUGGUGGCGUUCAUCGGCUCACUUAUAUUCUUGACAAUAAGGCAAGCCAGCAGGCGUCAAUGGAGGCUCGGCUCGCUCAGCUCUCUCAGUCAUCUCAUCCAUCUGUCUACCCAACGGACAGACGUGCAGAGAAGAUAGCAACUACUCCAAGUGCUUUCUCGCCUCCGGCAGUCCAUGAAGUCCAGCAGCCAUUCUAUACAACAGACAACUUGCAUGUCUCUCGCAGCAUGCCCUUUCCACAGACCCAUCUUCCUAUUCAAAUGGGACGUCUACCUGUCGACCACGGGCUUGCUGUCUAUGCUAACACCCCACAUAGCUUCAUAACUGUACCAGAGGGCACCAUCGUUCAAACUCAGGCACAUCACCCCCAUUAUCAACACACAGGAUACCUGAGUCAACAGCAUGGCAUGGGCCUAGAGCGCGUUGCUCUAGAAUCUCGACCUCCAUCUAGGCCACCAUCUCGACCUGACAAACGGCCACCAUCAAACCCCAACCAAGCCACGGGAGGUUCAACAGCAGUUGUAAAGGCCCACGUCCAGCAACCACCACCUGGAUCACCUGGUUUAGUCCAUUCUGAUGGUGUGAAGUUAUUACACAGCAACCUGUCAGUAACACCACAGUCUAUUGUUAAUCCUAAUUCCUUUGCUUAUGAUACAAUUGUUAUGUUACAGAUGAUUCAUGAAGUUUCGUUUACACAGAAGAAAUAUGAAAUAAUGUGGCAAGGGCUUCUGGCAUUGAAAAACGAUAAUGUAGUUGUGCAGAUGCACCUAAUGUCAGGAAAUAGGCAGUUGAUAGCACCAUCUAUGCCACAGCUAGCUUCAGACUGCACCAUGCAACCACUACGAAUAAGCCAACGGAUGCGCCUUGAGCCUAUCCAGGUUGAAGGAGUGGCAAAACGGAUGCAGUUGACAGAAGAGUAUUGUAUGCUGUUGGCCCUGCCUAAUGGCCAAGACCAUUUUGAAAUAAUGCACCAAACUAGAGCUCUGAACAAUGGUUUUAUAAGUUACCUGAGCAGUAAGCAAGCUGCUGGAAUCGUUAAUGUGUCCAACCCAGAAUCUCAGCAGCCUGCUUAUGUCGUCCAUAUUUUCCCACCAUGCGAGUUUUCUCGCUUGAAACUACGAGAGGCCGGAUUUGAAUUGAUGAACCAAGUAUCUGACUUUGCUCAUCUUGUGAUUGUGAUUACCACGGUCUAGUCGAAUUCUGGCCAAAUAUUGGAUUGACAUGCCACACAAAGUCAUCAGAAGAGGGGGCUGUACCCUGCUGUGAUUCUUGUUGUUGUUGUUGUUGCCAUCAUCAAAGUUGUCUGCAGACAAACAAUCAGCAUCAGCCCAAAAACGAUGACAACACACAAUAUGAUAUGGAGGUGAUGGAUAUCUCACCAGUAGAAUCAGCAGAGAGCUGCUGACUUUCUUGUACCAAAUUGUCAUGGAGACAAUAUUAGGUGACCACCACCACCACCACCACCACUUACAACCAACUCCUCUUCUCUCUGUUCUAUAUUUACAACCAAACCAUGUUCACUGUAUUUUGCAUACGUUUCAUAUAUCCAGUGGAAAGAAAAGUUGGCGAUGAUUUACAGGGGAGACCAAGGACAAGAAAAAAAAAAUCUAGUGCUGAAAUCUGUAAGAGUUUGGUCGCGUGAUUAUCUCGACGACGAUGUCCCUGUUGAUUGCAUAACUAGACUUUUAUUUUCUCAGUGAAAUCCUCAUCCAAAGUGAUAAACGGACUCAAGUGUGUUUGUGUGUGAGUUCCGUCUUCCCAGUGAUGACUUUCUAUCAAUGAUACCGCUUCCAAAGAUCUUUAAAGGAUGAGUACAUCAUUUAGGAAUUAAAAACAAAACAAAAAAAACAUUUGUGAAUGAGGAAUAGAUCUAGACCAACAGGAUCUUAUAUAUUAUUAUUAUAAUACACAGGGAAACUUCAAAACAAGCCCUCCCCUCUUUUAAUUUUAAUUUUUUUUUCAAAAGUUACAAGUGAAUUUUUUUAACAAACAAAAAAAGCAAAAUUUUAUUUUAUUUAUUUAAUACUUCCCCCUGCCUCGUUACACACUGACCCCCACCCCUUUAUUUAGUGACUCCACCAGGGUUUCAACCAAUACUGCUGCUCAAACCCGACCUCCUCUUGUACUACAAGCCCCAGUCGUUGUGGGGAGAUUAAUGACAAUAAUUACAUACAUACACUGCUUUAUGUGACAAGUCUCUGUAUAUCUCUCUAUAUCUCACUCUCUCUCUCUCUCUCACACUUCGGAGCAGUCUUGUAAUAAGGUGAAUUAUGUAAACAAGGAUUUUUUUGCUCUUGGAAGGCAGCUAAAUCUUUCUUCACACUUCUCAAAACUAUUUCUUUCAAUAGUUAUUUUUAAACUUUUUUUUUAACCCUUUCUAGACCCAUUAAUAAUUUUAGUUCAGAUUUUUAUUUUUGUUGGUUUAAUUAAUAUAAUUGAAAGAAAGAGAAGAAAAAAAAAUGUUUUAAAAAAAAACAAAAAACCCCAACCCCUCCACAAGCUAUGUAUAUGUAUGUAAAGAGAGAGUGCCCUGCCAGCCACUCCACCCCCCACUUCUAAUCAGUUCCUCUUCUUUCUCAUCUUCCCUAUUUUUUUAAAUUUUCUUUUAUCAAACUUUUUAUUUCAUUUCUUGGCAUUUUAAAGAGUUUUUUUCUUCUCUCUCUCUGUCUUUCUCCUGCCCCUCAAACUGUUGUAUAUAUUGUAAUUAAAAUGAGGGGAGUGGCUGAAGUGAUAGUCAAACGACACUGUAGGCUGGCUGAGUGCACCCCACCCCCUUUCUAUCACGUGAUCUCAUUACCCUGCUGCUGGUCAGCUGUUGCUGCUUCUCCCAAAAGAAGGACAUGCUUCAGAGGGUGGCAGUUGGCUCCCGUGGCUAUUUAAAAAAAAAGAAGAAAAUAAUAGAAAA